AUGGCAGAACACGUGAUGCGGGCGACCGAGCACACGUUCGGCUUCAACAUCGCGAACGGUGUGGCCAGGAUGAAGGUGGAGUGCUUCCUGAAGGACGUCGAGGGGGGGCAGUGGCUCUCGGUCGAGCCGCCAGUGGGCGCAAAGUGGCCGCUCUUCCCCACCGCGCAGAUGCUGAAGGACGAGCUCGAGGAGAAGUUCAGCUUCUAUUGCGGCAAGAAGAUCUCGCUCUACCGCGCAUUGCACGUGAACGGCCAGGUUCGCCGCGAUGGAGAUCCGUACGAGGACUGGCACGCCAUCAACCAGAACGCGGCGAAGUGGGGCGUCUACGUGCAGGUGGACUCGUUCGAGAUGAAGCCGGGCGACGGCCCCAGCGCGUGCGACAUGCGCGGCGCGGGCAACGGCGACUUCGGCGACGGCGUCUACCUGAGCAUCUACAUUCUCGACGAGAAGUUCAAGGGGUGGUAUAGGGUCGAGUUGGUCAGCUCCCUUGCGACGUCGACGGUGACGUGCGAGGAGCUGAAAGCGGGCAUCCUGGACAGGCUGAAGGUGGUCAAGUCGGACCGCAAGAUUGCGAGCAUGCGCGUCUACAAGAACAACUUUGAGCACGUCCCGAAGCCCACGCCCAUCCCGACUACGGACCACAUCAAGGUCACUGGCGAGGGCAAGAACAGCCCGACCUUCACGGUGGCCCUGAACCCGAGCUUGAAGGUGGAGACGACCGAGGGCGCGCGCGGGCUUGGGCUGCCCGGAAUGGCGUGGGAGCGCCUCGUGAGGUCGCUUGUCGCGUUGGCUCGCCUACGCGGCUAUUGGGGCCAGCUGGGGAAUUACUUGAAGGCGCCAGAGUCGCGUGACGAGAUCGGCAGCCACAGGUGGGACGUCAGCGGGGACGACGGGAGCUCCGGCUCCUGGGAGCAGGUGGUGCGGUCGGCGGAGAGGCUGCUCGAGGGCGUGCAGAUCGCCGACAGCUCCAGCUGGGACACCAGCGCGAGCAACAGCCUGGAGCCGGGCCGACUCCCGGGCAGCGGUGGGCCGCCGCCGCAGGCGGCCGCCCUGGUGGGCUCGGGCGCCCCCUCCGACGCUCGGGCUCGCGCGGGGGGGGCCCCGGGCGCGCCCAGGGCGGGGGCCGAGGCGAGCGGCAGGGUCAGCCGGCAGGCCAGGGCGCAGGCGGUCUUCGGCAUGGCCGCCGAGGACGCCGAGGCGGCGGCCCCUCGAGGCGCCCAGGAAGAGCCCCCCGGCCAGUGCUACAACCAGGAGCUGCACGACAGCGGCCAGUGCAGGCCUUGCCACCACUUCGUGAAGAAGGGCUCCUGCAUCGACGAGGGCUCGUGCCGGUUCUGCCACCUGGACCACCAGGCGUCCCGUCGGAUGAGGCCCUGCAAGGUCAAGCGCGAGCGGUGCAGAAGCAUGGUGGAGGCCUUGCAGUCUGGGGCCGACGGUGUCAUGCAGCGCCUGGGAGAGAUAUCGGAGCGGGCGUCUCUGCAGGGGUGCUACGUGCGCAACGUCAUAACCGCCCAGGCAAAUGCGACUCCCAGUGGGAACAAAUAG